UGUGGCGCGCGGGGAGCCCCGAGGCGCCGUCCCGCCUCCUCCCGGCAUGGAGGAGAAUUCCGCCUCGAGCCCCCGCGCGGGAAGCCGGCCGGGCGGCUCCCACAAGCGCUCGGCGGCGGCGGCGCGGGCUGCGUCGGACGAGGAGCCGCUGCUCGACUCUGAGGCGGCGGCCGAGGACGAAGACGGGCCGCCGCCUCUGCCUCAGCCGCCGCCUCUCCCUCGUCCGCGGGAAUCCCCUCAGCCGCCGCCCGCCGAGCCGCUGUCGUCGUCGUCUGAGGAGGCGGCGGCAGCGGCGGCGGCCGGAGCGGCUCCCGAGGGGCCUCCUCCGCGUCACCGGCGCCCGCCGCACCACCACCACUCGCCGGGACACAGGCGGCGGCGGCGGCGCGGCGGCGGCGGCAACCGCCUCCUGCUGCUGGGGCCCCUCAUGGACGGAGGCGGCGGCGGCGGCGCGGGCGGGCUGCUGUACCCGCCCCUGGGCCGCGACGACGAGGACGACGACGACGAGGAGGGCGACGACGAGGAGGACGACGAGGCUCUGGACGAGGAGGACGGGCCGGGCCGCGGCGGAGCGGGGCCGCUGGCCAGCAGCGAGAGCGCCGGCAGCAGCGGGCUGUCGUUGUCGGGCGGCGGCGGCGCCCCGGAGCCUCGCAAGCGAGCGCGGGGCUCGGGCGGUCCGGCCAGCCGCGCCGCCUCCGCCACGUCUUCGGUGGGCGGCGGCUCCUGCCGGGGCUACGAGGUGGUCCGCGAGCUGGGCCCCGAGGAGGUGCGCUGGUUCUACCGCGAGGAGCGCAAGAGCUGGAAGCCCUUCAUCGGCUACGACUCGCUGCGCAUCGAGCUGGCCUACCGGGCCUGGGGGCUCCUCGAGAGGAAGGCCGCGCCCGCCGACCAAGCCGAGGGGGUCGCCGCCGCCGCCGCCGCCGGCAGCAGCAGCCCCGAGGCCUUCGAGCCCGGCUCGCCCGGCAUCCCUCCGUCCGAGCCCGUGUGCGUCCGCGGAGGCCUCUACGAGGUGGAUGUGGCCAACUCCGAGUCCUACCCGGUCUAUUGGAACCAAUCUGAGAAGAUCCCUGUGAUGCGUGGGCAGUGGUUUGUUGAUGGCACAUGGCAGCCACUAGAAGAAGAAGAAAGCAAUUUGAUAGAACAAGAACAUCUCAGCUGUUUCAAGGGGCAGCAGUUGCAAGAAAACUUUGACAUGGAAGUAUCAAAACCUUUAGACGGAAAAGAGGUUAUCUACCACCUCCCUCCCUUCUCCCUCCAUUCUCUGUUCAAAUGGAGAGGAUAUAAGGAGAAUACAGAGGCUGCAGGGCUUAAACGCAAGUGGUCUGAAGCUGUUCAUAGUUUGAAGCUUAGUCGCACCCAUGUGGACUGGCACAGUGUGGAUGAAGUGUAUCUUUACAGUGAUGCAACAACGUCAAAAAUCGCAAGAACUGUCACACAGAAGCUGGGUUUUUCCAAAGCUUCAAGCAGUGGGACCAGGCUGCAUAGAGGUUAUGUUGAAGAGGCUACGUUAGAAGACAAGCCAUCACCAACAACUCAUAUUGUAUUUGUUGUACAUGGCAUUGGUCAGAAAAUGGACCAAGGAAGGAUUAUUAAAAACACAGCCAUGAUGCGGGACACUGCAAGGAAAAUAGAAGACAAAUAUUUUAGCAACCUUGCAACACAUGUUGAGUUCCUGCCAGUUGAAUGGAGAUCUAAGCUUGCACUUGACGGAGACACUGUUGACUCUAUUACUCCUGAUAAAGUCCGUGGCUUGAGGGACAUGCUUAACAGCAGUGCAAUGGACAUAAUGUACUACACAAGUCCCCUCUACCGAGAUGAGCUGGUAAAAGGCCUUCAACAGGAGCUGAAUCGUUUGUACACGCUUUUCUGUACGCGGAAUCCAGAGUUCAUAGAAAAGGGCGGCAAAGUAUCAAUUGUGUCACAUUCCUUAGGAUGCGUAAUCACAUACGACAUCAUGACAGGAUGGAAUCCGGUUAUACUCUACGAACAGUUGCUUGAAAAGGAGUAUGAUGACCUCGAGGACACCUGGAUGAGCUACGAGGAGCAGCAUCUGCUAGAAGAGUUUUAUUUGACCAAGCGGCGAUUGAGGGAGAUAGAAGAGAGGUUGCAUGGACUGAAAAAAUCCACCAUAUCUAAGACACCUGCCUUAAAAUUCAAGGUUGAGAAUUUCUUCUGUAUGGGAUCUCCAUUAGCAGUGUUUUUGGCCUUGCGUGGCAUCCGACCAGGAAACAGUGGAAGUCAAGAUCACAUUCUGCCCAGAACUAUUUGUAACCGGUUGCUAAACAUUUUUCAUCCAACAGAUCCAGUGGCCUAUAGACUAGAACCCUUAAUUCUGAAGCACUAUAGCAACAUUUCUCCAGUCCAGAUCCACUGGUAUAACACCACGAACCCUCUACCUUACGAGCACAUGAAGCCAAGUUUCCUCAACCCGGCAAAAGAAUCUACCUCAGUCUCUGAGAGCGACUCUCUCCCAACAUUGCCCAGCCCAACAACGUCACCUGUCCUGGCUCGACGGCACUAUGGGGAGUCCAUAACCAAUAUAGGCAAAGCAAGUAUAAUGGGAGCUGCUAGCAUCGGGAAAGGCCUUGGGGGGAUGCUCUUCUCGAGAUUUGGACGUGCCAGUGCUCCCGCUUCCCAGGCACUUGAGGCAGGAAAAGAAGGGCCAGAACUGGAGGAGAAGAAGCCAUCCUUGAGCCAGGCGUCCAUCGGAACUCAGACCUUCCCACACAGCAGCUCCGGCUUCUUAGAUCCGACAAUGGACCUGGAGCACAGGAUCGACUUUGAGCUCAGGGAAGGCCUGGUGGAGAGCAGGUACUGGUCUGCCGUCACAUCACACACGGCUUACUGGUCAUCCAUGGACAUUGCUCUCUUUCUUCUCACCUUCAUGUACAAGCAGGACCAAGAGGAGGAAGAGGAGGAGGAUGGCAUCAAGUCACACUUAGAGCCUGUUUGAUUGUAGCCUCGGGGGUGGGUGGGGGGGUAGGGGGGUAGGGAGGGAGAGGAUGAAACUUGACAAGUGGCACAAAGCAGCCUAAGUUCAACUUCUGUUUCUAAGGCAUGGAGGUUUCAGGUUUAAAUGCAUGUCCGGAUUCCUUCCUUCCAAGAUUAUUUCUCCUUUGCGGCACAUUUCCACUUCUGUGCUAAUUGAGGCUUUCCCAGAAGGCUGCUCUCAGUUCCCCCUCUUACAGCCUGUAGCGGCACCGUCAGCAUCCAUCUCCCCAGGUUAGCAUAACUGCUGUUUAACAGAAUGCGUUUUUUUUAAGUGCAAAGAUUACUCUGGUUCCAGAGUUCAUUUUCAUUUCAGAAAAAAAUGCCUGCAAACCUAAAACAGCCAUGCUCUGUGUCCUUUGUAUUGGUAAAUAAGAAGCAAGUGGGUAUCAUAGUUCUAAUCUGAAGUCUGUUGCUCCAGGUUCCAUUGAAAUUCCUUUGGGAUGGCAGACAGAAAGGGGUGUGCUAACACAACUCAUCCAGAAACUAAAACAGGCAUGAGGCAAAUAUUUUGAAAUACUGUAAUUAUAAUUUAUUAUUACCUCUGACUAACCGUUUUGUUUCACUCCAGUGUGUAAAAAGCGUUACUUUUCUACUGUUUUUUCCCCGUUUUUUGUUUUUUGUUGGGGGGGGGGCAUAAUUUAAAGAACCACAUUUAUUUUCUACAGUGUUAAGACUUUAUUCCUCAAAUGACAUAUCUUUGUACUAUUCAAAAGGAGCUAUGGACACUGUGGCACACUUUUCAGUAUUUUUUCAUUAAAAAUAAACAUUUGUGGAUCACACAAACAA